AACUAGAUAUUUAUUAUUAGAUAUUAAUAAAAGGACUGGAAAAUGGACUUAUGGCACUUUAGGACUGUAUUUUAUGUUUGUAUGUCAGAAAAAAAAGAGUAAAAUAAUGGGAUCGUGUUUGGCUAAUAGGUAUUAUAAACGUUUGGUAACGGUGAGACCUAUUGUACGGUGCUGGUCAAAGAUAAGUAGUGGGCAGUCUAGAAUAUUAUCGAUCUUAUAUAGUUCAAGACGGUUCGUUUGCUCUAAAGAAGGAUCUAAUGAGUUAUGGGCGAGUCGUCUUGAUGAAGGAUGGAAUUAUACAAAGAUUCAAUGGUAUUCGAUACCUUUAACAGUUGGUAUUGUGUAUGUAGCUUUUGCACACUAUAGAAAUUCAAAGAAGAAGUAUAAGACAGAAGAUGUAUUAGAAAAUAGUGGUACAAGGCUUUCUGAUGAUAUUCAUGUGUGUGGUUUUUGGCAGUUUUAUAUUUUAAAGUCACUUCCUCUUAAGGCGCUUUCAAGGAUAUGGGGGAAAUGUAGUGAAAUCACACUUCCUGUUUGGUUAAGAGUUCCAGCAUUUAAGCUAUAUGCAUGGGUAUUUGGAUGUAAUCUUUAUGAGAUGGCAGAACAAGAUCUUAGGAAAGUUAAGAAUUUUUCGGAGUUUUUUUAUAGAGAAUUGAAGCCGGGGGUACGUGAGAUAGAUAAUGAUGCAUUGAUUGUUUCUCCAGCAGAUGGAAAAGUGCUUCAUUUUGGGUUAGUUGAAGGACGGAGGAUUGAACAGGUUAAAGGGUUAUCAUAUUCUUUAGAUGCAUUAAUUGGGGAUUCUUCAACUUUAUCUAAUAAUGGAAUUGUCUUUGAUAAGAAUUUUAUUAAAGCUUCAGAACAAGAGAUGCAUUUUUCAGAGACGAAUGGGAUUUCGCAUUCACAUGCGCUUUAUAAUGAAAAUGAGAAAAAAUAUGGAUUUCAUGUAAAUAUUGAUACUAAUAAAAUUGAAAAUGAUAUUAUACUUGGAUACGACAUUAUGGAUAGAUUGAAAGAAGGAAAUAGGUUGUAUUUUGCUGUUAUAUAUCUUUCUCCCGGCGAUUAUCAUCGUUUUCAUUCUCCUACAAAUUGGGUUGUAGAAAAACGACGUUACUUUUCAGGGGAGCUUUAUAGUGUUUCUCCAUAUUUUGCUAGAAGGAUAACUAAUCUUUUUAUUUUGAAUGAGAGAGUUGUGCUUCUUGGACAGUAUCGUUAUGGAUUUAUGAGCAUGAUACCCGUUGGUGCUACAAAUGUUGGUAGUAUUCGUAUAGAUUUUGAUAAAGAUUUCAGAACGAAUGUUGUAGAAAAGAGUACCCCUAAAGGAACUUAUACAGAAGCAACAUAUUUUGCAUUUUCAGAUUUUUUAAAAGGCUAUCCUUUACGAAUAGGUCAACAGAUGGGAGGAUUUAAUUUUGGCAGUACGAUCAUUUUGAUUUUUGAGGCUCCUCAGGAUUUUGAAUUUUUAGUUUCUGAAGGAAGCAGGAUUCUUAUGGGUCAAUGCUUAGGAAGAGUUAAUAGCAAAGUUUGA